AUGGGUAUGAGGGAGUGCAGUGCGGUGCCAUCAGCAACGCCUGCCAUGAGAAGGGAGUAUGGGUCCGAGGGAGUGCAGUGUGGUGCCAUCAGCAGCGCCUGCCUUGAGAAGGGAGUAUGGGUACGAGGGAGUGCAGUGCCAUCAGCAGCGCCUGCCAUGAGAAGGGAGUAUGGGUCCGAGGGAGUGCAGUGUGGUGCCAUCAGCAACGCCUGCCAUGAGAAGGGAGGAGCAGCAUGGCGGAGUGGAGAGCUGGUGGGGGCGGCUGCAGAGCGGGAGGCGUGGCAGCAGCAGCUACACGGAAGGGAGGAGGGAGGCGGGUUGGAGUGCGAAGGAGGAGGGAGCAGCAGCUGUCACCAGCAGCGCCUGCUUUCACAAGGGAAGCGGGAGGCGCGGCAGCAGCAGCUACACGGGAGGGAGGUGGGUUGGAGUACGGAGGAGGAGGGAGCAGCAGCACCAGCAGCCUUCUUUCAAAAGGGAGGCGCAGCAUGGCGGAGUGGAGAGCUGGUGGGGGCGGCUGCAGAGCGGGAGGCGCGGCAGCAGCAGCUACACGGAAGGGAGGAGGGAGGCGGGUUGGAGUGCGGAGGAGGAGGGAGCAGCAGCACCAGCAGCUCCUUCUUUCAGAAGAGAGGUCCUAAGCGAUGGUUCCCACCUCACUUGGGUGUAACGUCAGGAGCUCUGCUCCUGGCGGCCAAGAGGAACCCCCCAUGCACACCUACAGUGCAUGGGAUUCCUCCCCGUCGCUCCCUUUCUUUCCACUACCCUCCCCCGUCUCACCUCACGUCCCCAUUCUCCCUUUCCACCCUCGUCUCCUCUCGUCAACCCAUCUCCUCCCAUCCCACACCCCUCUUUCUAAAAGACGCUGAGAGGGCCCCAUGGUGGAGCAAGCUGGUGGGUGUGGAGCGGUGGAGAGCGGUGCUGCACGAUGCGUCCUUCAUUCUCUGUCCGCAGCGUGCCAUGGGGCGAUGCUGUGGCUGCCUGUACCUGCUGGAGAAGCAGGUCUUAGAGUACUGUCUGCUCCGCCUUGACUCGCCAAUCUUCAACGCGCCGCCUGCCGAACCUCUUGCCGACCCUGUCACCGAGCCUGCCGCCCUGCCGUUCACAGCCACGGGCAAGCUCACCUACUCGCACGGCAUGCACCUCAAAUACGCCACGUCAGCAUGGGCGCCCAUGUUUCACGCCGCUCACAUGCAUGCCCACAUCGACUGUCUCCUCGCAUCCUCCCACCCACCCAACCCCUCCACACCGCUCCCCACCCCUCCGCCCUUCCCCUCAUCCCUCCUCGCCACCACCACUGCCUUCUGGGCUGGAGCCCUCGACCCCUCGGACCCCUCCCCUUCCUCCUCCCCCUCCUUCUUCUCCCCCUCUUCCUCCUCUUCCACCUCUUCCUCUGCUGCUCAUCCCGCCUCUCCUCGCUUCCCCCCCAGUGCGGCGGCAGCAGCGGGGGCGGCAGUGGCAGUGACGGGGGGACCGGGGGAGUGCUUUCCAAAGCUGAGGGCGAUGGCGCAGGUGCUGCUGCUGCCUAAGGACUUGUUGGCUGACCAGGAGGCACGGAAUGAGGUGGUGCUGCUGCCUAAGGACCUGCUAGCCAACCAGGAGGCGAGGAAAGAGGUGUGUGGCGAUCUGACUCUGGCCUUGCUGCGGCGCAUUCUCCUCAUUUUCGCUCCGGACGGACGCCAAUGCACCCGACCCCGUCUCCUCCACCCUGCUGCACCCGACCCCGUCUCCUCCACCCUGCUGCAGCAGCUCAACAGCGAGAUAGAGCGUCGACUCUCAUACAUAGAGCGUCGACUCACAUAG